AAUACUAACAAUGAUAUCGGCUAAAAAAUGGAGCAAGGGAGUAGGCUAACCCCACCAUUGUCUAUACAAAUUCCGGCAAGACGAGAUUUUCCAGUUCAUCGAUUGAUCCACGUUUCACCUUUUUCAAUGGAAGACAAAUCCCAACCAAUCCGCAUAUAAUAUGCCCUUUCCGCCCACACACACUCGUCCCUCCCAUUUUUUCUAUUAUUCAUUUGUUAUUUUCUCCAAAUAUUAUCAUCUUCACUCCCAAUUUCAUUUUUUCUUAUUUCCUCUCAAAAAAUAGCAGCAGAUAAAACAGAAUAAAAUAAAUAAUAAUCGGCGGUUUCACUUUCACCUGAUAAUCUCGAACCGGAGACGGAAAUGGCGGACGGCGUGUUGAGCACCGGCCGGUGCGAGAGAUUAGGUUUUGAGGAGACGGAGCUGAGGCUCGGGAUUGGGUUUCCCGGCGCCGGAGAUCAGAAAGGUAACGGUAAUUACGGCAAGCGAGGGUUUUCUGAGACUGUGGAUUUGAAGCUCAAACUCUCGACAAAGGAGAUCGGUGAUUUGGAUCGAGAUGAUUUUGAGAAGACUACGAAUCUGAACAAGAAGAGCCUCACGGCUUCGCCUACCGAAUCUAUUAAGCCUCCGGCGAAGGCGCAGGUGGUGGGUUGGCCGCCGGUCCGCUCGUUCAGGAAAAACGUGAUGGCGGUUCAGAGGAAGAGCGAGCCGGAGGACUGUGGAAAGGGAGCUGCCGCCGCCGCCGUCGGAGGCGCCUUGGUGAAGGUGAGCAUGGACGGUGCACCGUACCUGCGCAAGGUGGAUUUGAAGAUGUACAGAACUUACCAGGAGCUGUACGACGUUCUCGGCAAAAUGUUCAGCUCUUUCACUAUAGGGAAAUGUGACUCGCAAGGAAUGAUGGAGUUCAUGAACGAGAGCAAGUUAAUGGACCUUCUGAAUGGCUCCGAUUAUGUGCCGACCUACGAAGACAAGGAUGGCGAUUGGAUGCUCGUUGGCGAUCACCUCGAGCCAUGGAGAAAUGCAAAAGCAAAAGCUAAAUCCAUUUGGAGUAGAAGAAUUUGUUUAUGUACCAUUGUAUGAUUUGGUUUCUAUUCUAAUAUUAAUAAGGUAUUUUUAAUUAUCUAAAAUUUUAUUCAAUCUUGUGACUUGAACCUCUAGUUUUGUAUAUUUUAUGUGUUAGGUAUGUGAUGUUUAUGCUUUGCUAAAACUUGUCAUUAAUAGUUUUUAUUGUAAACUGUUUAAUUCACAUGGAGUUUGUGGGUUAGGAGAAUAACAAAUGCCAGUUGGGCAUGUUUUAUUAUAUAAUCAAAGUUUAAGGUUUGAACUUUGAACACAAAAUAAAGCAGAUAUAA